AUGUCUACAUCAACCACAGCCAACAACAAUAGCAGCGCCGACGUGCUCAGCGCCGCCGACGCACCAAGACUCGCAAAGUACCACCUGCACGAGCCGCAGCACUUCCAGGUGGAGCUCGUCCAGGCAGAGCACCGCAUCCGGCUGAUCAACGCAUGGAACAGCCUCUCCUCCCCCGCGGCCGCCGUGGUGAUCAAGCCCGGCGCCCGCGUUCUGGAACUCGGAUGCGGACAAGGCACGGCGACCACGGUCCUCGCUGAGGCCGUGGGGCCCGAUGGCCAUGUCGACGCCGUGGACCCGGGGUCGCUGGACUAUGGCGCGCCGCUGACCCUGGGCCAGGCGCAGAAGCACAUCUCGGAGAACUCGCCGGUCGGCAAGAGGAUCUCGUGGCACCAGGCCACACCCGAGGACUUCCUCGCCAGCACAAAAGAGGUUGAGGAUGGGGGAAAGCCGCAGCACUGGGACGUCGCGGUCCUGGCGCAUUGCAUCUGGUACUUUGCCGACUCGGCCGUGCUGGCGAGCGUGCUCGCCUCCCUGAGGGGCCGGGUGGACAAGCUGCUUAUUGCCGAGCACGCAAUGCACGCGACGAACCCAGCUGCCGUGCCGCACGUGCUGUCUAUCGUGGCCAGGGGUAUGUCGGAGAGCUUCCGUGCGCAGACAGAGAGCGACGAGAAUGUGCGGACCCCUGUCGGGCCCCGAGUGAUCAAAGAGGUGGCAGGCGGGCAGAGCGGCGGUGGGUGGAAGCUGGUUGGGGAGACGUCGGUUGUGCCGGACGCGGGGAUGCUGGAUGGAUCGUGGGAGGUUGGCACUGUGAUGAGCCAGUACUUUGUGGACCAGGUUGAGAAGUAUGUCGACAACGCCCGCACCAAGGAGGUCAUCAUGACCGCGCGGGAUACAGUCAUCAGUGCCGUCAAGGCUCUCAAUGGGGUCGAGCCAGCAUCCAUGGAUGUCUGGGUUUCCGUCUUUGAAUAA